AUGAACUUGGCCCGCAAUGUCGAGGACAUGAAGAGUGGGAUCCCGUUCCAUGGUCUAUCCAAAACCACUGCAACUGACUAUGUUGUCAAUGUUGGUUUGGGCACGCCGGAGAAGGAAUUUCCACUCUUAUUUGACACAGGCAGUGGCCUCAUUUGGACUCAAUGUAAGCCAUGCAAGCCUUGCUAUCGAAAUGCACCGGUGUUUGACCCAACCAAAUCAACCUCAUUCAAACCCAUACCAUGUUCCUCAAAGCAGUGCCAAACAAUCGAAGAUGCAGAAUGCUCCUCUUCGAAGUGCAGCUACAAAAUUACAUAUGUAGACAACGACACCUCCAAAGGAAUUUAUGCGAUGGAAACAAUUUCCUUUAAACCAUUAAAUUAUGAAUUCAAGAACAUCCUGAUUGGAUGCAGCGAUCAAAUCUCUGGUGAUUUAGAUGAAGAAAAUUCUGGUGUAUUGGGACUGAACCGCGAAACAAUAUCUUUUCCAUCCCAAACUGCUGACAGAUACAACAAACUCUUCUCUUAUUGUAUACCAUCGACUCCCAGCUCAACUGGUUACCUUACUUUCGGCAGUGAAGUGUCGAAGGAUGUGAAAUUCUCUCCAGUGUCCAAAAGAGCACCACCUUCGGACUACGACAUCGAAAUGACUGGAAUUAGUGUAAUAGAAUACAAUAACUAUAAAACAAUAGAAUUAGUUUGUUUUGAUGUUUAA